AAGCAACUACCGGAAGUGCCGGCCCUGAGAGGUGGAGUCCGGGCGGCGGCGGCCGUUGCCUGGAGCCCGCGCUGCCGCCUGAGACCGAUAAUAUGGCCGGGAGGAGGAGGAGAAGGCGGCGGUGGACCGAGCUGCUCUCUUUCAGUACCAGUUGAACCGUUUGCUUCCUGACAAGGCCCGUGGUGAGGGAACGAAAGUGCUACUGUGUUGCCUACACUGUUCUGUGUCAUGGGGAUUCAGCCGUGAGCAAGACUCGGAAAGUACCUGUGCUUAUGGAGCUUACGAUUUGGUGGAGGAAGACAGACAAAAGCCAAGGAAAUAAACAAGAUAAUUUCAGAUAGUGUGUGGUUGUGGGAAGAUGGAGGAAUAUGAGAAGUUCUGUGAGAAAAGUCUUGCCAGAAUCCAAGAGGCAUCACUAUCCACAGAGAGCUUUCUACCUGUUCAGUCUGAAAGCAUUUCACUUAUUCGCUUCCAUGGAGUGGCUGUGCUUUCUCCACUGCUUAAUAUUGAGAAAAGAAAGGAAAUGCAACAAGAAAAACAAAAAGCACUUGAUGUAGAAGCAAGAAAGCAGGUUAAUAGGAAGAAAGCUUUACUGACUCGUGUCCAGGAGAUUCUUGAAAAUGUUCAGGUUAGAAAAGCACCUAAUGCCAGUGAUUUUGAUCAGUGGGAGGAUGAAACAGUUUACUCUAAUUCAGAAGUCAGAAACUUGAAUGUUCCUGCUACCUUUCCAAAUACCUUGCCAAGCUCUACUGAACCCUCUACUUUAGCAAAGUUUGAAAAGAUAACUGGAAUUUUGCCAUUGAAUAAUGAGGACCAAUUUAAAUCUAAUGGAAUAGACUUAGCUAGGGAUUCCGAAAAACUUAAUUUUCUAAAGCAAGGUGGUAGUUCAAAUAUUGGUCAUACAGAAAAUGAAGCUUCUCUGAAGACCUCAGCAACCCCACAAGAGACUCUUAUUUCUGGUGGUCUCCUCCCAAAAAAUGAAGAACAGAAUCCAUCACUUUUGGAAGAAGUUACUCCAGAUCCCUACUUAAUGAGUCUCCAGAACCUGAUGAAAAAGUCAAAGGAAUAUAUAGAGAGAGAACAAUCUAGACGCAGUCUGAGAAAUAGUGCAAAGGGAAGUGUUAAUGAGAGUCAUUCAGACAAAGAAAAUGAUGCUGUUAAAGUGACUGACUGUGUAAAGGAGAAGACCCAGUUUAUGGGCAAACACUGUAGUUCAGUGAUUCCUGAUAAACCAAGCCUUAAUAAAUCAAAUGUUCUUCUCCAAGGUGCUUCUGCUCAAACAAGCAGCAUGAACACAGCAGUUUCGGGUAGUUUUUCUAAAGCAGACAUAGCUGUGGGAACUGGCCACCCCACUGUUUCAGAUCCUGAUUUUGAUUUUAAAGUCAUUCCCACUUUUGUUACUGAAAAUAAUGUUAUCAAAAGUCUUACUAGUUCAUAUGCCAAAUUACCUAGCCCAGAGCCAAGCCUGAGUCCUAAAAUGCAUCGAAGGCGUUCUAGGCCAUCAUCAGCAUAUAAUAUACUUAUAAAUAAUCCAGUAAAUGCUUGUGAAUUAAGUCCUAAAGGAAAAGAACAGACAGUAGACUUAGUUGUUCAAGAUACUGAUGAAAAAACAAGCGUACCUGAAACGGUGCCAAAGUUACCAACUGAUUUAACAGGAGUUUGUUCAAGCAAGGUUUAUGUCAGCAAAAAUACAUCUGAAGCUAUACAAGAAAUGGUUCUAAGUAAUUCAAAUCAGGUAUGUCAAUCUUCAGGAAAUCAAUUAGAAAAUAAAGUUAUUCAUGGACUUGCUAUUGUGGAAGGUCAAUUAACAUCUGAUGGAAGAGUUCCACACAAAAUGGACAGUACAAGUACUGCAAUGCCAAGUUUGCAUGAACCAUAUACCACUGGUCCAUGUAUAGCAAGUCAAAACUUUGGAACCCUGAGUGGACUCAAAUCAGCCAGUGUGUUAGAGAAAAGCUGCAGUUUACAAAUGGAACUGAAUAAGUCUUAUGAUGUAAAAAACCCAUCUCCUUUACUGAUGCAAAACCAGAAUGCCAGACAGCAGAUGGACACCCCUACAGUGUCCUGUGGAAAUGGACAAUUUUUGGAUAACAGUUUUGAGAAAGUUAAACGGAGACUUGAUUUAGAUAUGGAUAGUUUGCAAAAAGAAAACUGCCCAUAUGUCAUAACAGCUGAACAGGAAAGGCAACAUUUGCCAGAAAAAAUAUGCCCUACAGGAUCUGUCUACAUCAACAAGAAUAAAAUGUUAGAAAGUAUUUCUAGAGAAGAUGAGGAAAUAUUAAGAAGCAAGAUGUUAGCAUUUGAAGAAAUGCGGAAGAGACUAGAAGAACAGCACGCCCAGCAGUUAUCACUACUCAUAGCUGAGCAGGAGAGGGAACAGGAAAGAUUGCAAAAGGAAAUAGAAGAACAGGAAAAAAUGUUCAAAGAGAAGAAAGUGAUUACAGCGGAAGCCUCUGAAUUGGAUAUUAACAAUACAGUGGACUUAGAAUGGAGAAAAAUAAGUGACUCCAGUUUGCUAGAAACAAUGCUUUCUCAAAUGGACUCACUCCAUACUUCAAAUUCCAAUAGUUCUGGUUUCACAAAUUCUGCCCUACAACAUAGCUUUGGUUCUGUAAAUGAAGCACCAUUCUACCUCUGGGGAUCAUCAACUAGUGGCUUGACCAAACCCUCCGUAACAAGGCCUUCUGUAAGAGCCACAACUAAAUGGUCUCAGGCUUUCAGUCCAGAAGUACAAGCAAAAUUUAAUAAAAUAACUGCUGUGGCAAAAGGAUUUCUUACUCGUAGGCUUAUGGAGACAGAUAAAUUGAAGCAACUUCGACAAACUGUAAAAGACACUAUGGAAUUCAUAAGAAGUUUUCAGUCAGAAGCACCAUUAAAGAGAGGAGUUGUUUCAGCCCAGGAUGCUUCUCUUCAGGAAAGAGUGCUGGCUCAGUUGCGGGCUGCCCUGUAUGGUAUUCAUGAUAUAUUCUUUGUAAUGGAUGCAGCUGAAAGAAUGUCUAUUCUACAUCAUGACCGAGAAGCUCGCAAAGAGAAAAUGCUCAGGCAAAUGGAUAAAAUGAAAAGUUCACGAGUGUCUCUUUCCGCUGCAACACAGAAGUCUCUUGAUAGGAAGAAGUAUAUGAAAGCUGCUGAAAUGGGAAUGCCAAAUAAGAAAUUCCUGGUUAAACAAAACCCUUCUGAAGCAAGAGUUCUUCAUGAAAACCAAGGACAGAAUGCUCCUGUUCAUAGGCUACUUAGUAGACAAGGAACCCCUAAGACAUCAGUGAAGGGGGUUGUGCAAAAUAGACAGAAGUCUUCACAGAGCAGAGUGCCUAACAGAGCGCCUGUUUCAGGAGUAUAUGCAGGAAAAAUCCAAAGAAAGCGGCCAAAUGUUGCGACAAUUUAAGAAGACAACAUUCAUUAGGAUAAAAGCGGGGGAGGGUUCCAUCCAUAUUAUUGUCCAUGCCCAAGACUUUCAUUUCACCCUGGACUGUUUACACAGACAAAGUGAUGUCAAAGGGCUGAAUAAUUAUGUGGGUAAUAUGGUCAGUCUGGCUAAUUCCUUCCCACACCCCCAUUUUCCUUUUAAUAUUAGGUUUGGGUGAAGACAAAUUAGUAUUUAGUUAAUUGACUCAUCUCUAUGCUUAAUCUGUACAAACAUAAGUUUGUUUUAUGUACCCAUAUGUCUGUUGAGAACUUUUUGUAAAAUUAAAAGGAUAUUUGGGUUUAUAUUUAUAAAAUACUGAAAAGGUGUGAUAAAAUAUAGGUUCUGAAAUAUAAAUUUCAUUCAUCUCUGCAUACUGAUUGCUGAAUUUGAUGUAUUAGAUGCUGUUCUAUUCAAGGGGAAAUUAUUGCAGAAAAAUGUUUUCUCCCAGUUUUGUAAAAACUGAUUAAUCUCUCAGCCUUCAUAUUCUUGGUCUUACAGGAUAACCACGUAGAAUAAAACAUUUGCCUGCUCAUUGUAGGUCCACCUAACAUUUACCACAGAAGUAUCUGGGGAUCACCCUUUUGGUCAUAAGCACACAUUUCUCUCAACAGCUAGUCAUCUUACAGAAAUGUUAGGUUUGAUGUUUGUUGUCCCAGUACUCUUAGAAACAUUUCUGCUGAAUUAUAAAAUCUUUCUGUAGAGGGUGACAACUUUGGUGAAGACAGUACAGUCUUCUUGAAUGUAGUGGCAUGCAUUAAUGUUACAUUCAUCUCUGUAACAUAGAAUGUUGCAUGCAGUUUUGUGUUCCAUUUAGUCUGUAUAUUUUGUUCCUUCAGAGUCUGCUUUUUCUAGCAUGCUUGAUUUAGGAGAGAACAAAGGGCUAUACAACAUAAUAAGAAGGUCAGAUUUUCAAAUGGGAUAGUAAUAUUAUCUAGUUGAAAUUCUGCAUUAUUUAAGAAGCACUGCCUUUUAAAGUUUUUCGUCACUAACAUAUUCAUUUAAAAUAUAAACCAAAAAAUGUUAAUAAGGGACUAUGAUUUUAUGAAAGAGAAUGCCACUGUUGAUUUAUGAUAGCAUUUCCAAAAAGGGCUUUAUGCUUCUCACAUAAAAUUGGGACUGUGUACAUUUAACCUGUCUGAAUUUUUAAAAGAUACUGGUGUUUGAAAAUGUAGCCUAUAUAUAUUCCUAAUAUUCUUUAAAGAAUGGAGAUAAAGACUGUUUUCUUUGCUUUUCUGUUCUAUUUAAAAUAUAACCUUUAACCUUUACCAUGGACAGAAAGUGAUAACCUAUUCUGUCCGGGCAUAAACUUUAUUGAGAUGUAUCAUUUGUUGAAUGAGUAAACCAGGAAGUUAAAAGACAGGUAAAAUGUCUGAGUUACCAAUUUUUUUAUUUGUAGGCAAGAAUAUCAAAUUAUCUUAAUAUGAUAAAUUAUGCUUUAUCGUUCUGAAACCUCAGGAGACAGAUUGCUCAUAUCAUUGUGGAUCUUUCCAGUAAGAAAGAUACUAAAAGUUUUGUGUACACUAAUACAAAUUAGCUAAAAGAAAUAGUAUGUUUUGGAGAAAGUUAAAACUAGUUUUAGAUUAAGGAUGAGAAACUUGAGUAUGUUGUUUUUUUUUAAGAUAGAGCAUGUGUGUUUUAUACCUUGUUUAAAUGUUCACAGCUUUUCUCAUAAAAGUGCCAGACAUUGUUUUUGUGCUUUUAAUGGAUUUUUACUUACAUGCAUUAUUUUUUUAAUAUUUACUUUGAAGUGGAAUGUUCAUUAAUGUGAAUUGUAUUUAUUUUUAUACUUUAAUUUUCAUUAGUUUUGCUUCUAGGAAAAAGACAAAAUAAAC